UGUGUUCAAAUAAACAAAUUGUGUAGAGACAAAAGAGGAACUACCGUAUGCGAAAUACUGAAACGCCUUCAACAAUUCAGCCUCCGCCGUCCCCGCCACCGUCUCGGCCACCAUCACCUUUUCUGUAACUCUAAUAUCUGUCAUCUAUUCCUCUCAGUGGUUAACCAUCUUUGAAAUUCCAUCGUUCGUCAAGAUGUCACUUCAAGAAAAUUUAGCAAGGUUUCGGAAACAGCAAGAGAAAUGUCAGUCAACGCUUUCGAGCAUUGCUUCUGAAAAAAAAGCUUCAACCAAGACCUCCACUCCACCAAAGAAUACCUCUAAUGUACUUAAAUCAACUCCGACAAGUACAUCGUCAUCUAUGAAUCCAAAGCCUCCUCCUGUCAAAUUCUCAAAUGAUACAGAGAGACUUCAGAUCAUUAACAGCAUAAGGAAGGCACCUGCUGGAGCUCAAAUAAAGCGUGUUAUUGAUCUGCUAUUAGAGAGGAGGGCACCGUUAACUCCUGAGCAAAUCAAUGAAGUUUGCCACGUCGAUGUGUAUGCAAACAAGACUGUUUUUGAAAGUUUGAAGAACAACCCAAAAGUGAGCUAUGACGGGGAUUGUUUCUCUUACAAGUCAAAGCAUGAAGUUAAGAACAAGGACCAACUGCUUGUCUUAGUACGGAGAUAUCCAGAAGGCAUGCCGAUCAUCGACUUGAAGGAUUCUUAUAUAAAUGUGAUGGAGGACUUGCAGACUUUGAAGGUUGAUCGGAAAGUUUGGUUGCUCUCGAACUUCGAUUCCCAAGAGGAUAUAGUUUACCCAAAUGAUCCCCGGGUUCCCAUCAAGGUGGAUGAUGAUCUUAAACAACUCUUCCGGAGCAUCGAGUUGCCACGUGAUUUUCUUGAUGUAGAGAAAGAACUUCAGAAGAGCGGUGUCAAACCUCUUACGAACACUGCUCAGAGAAGGGCUGCGGCACAGAUUCAAGGCGCUUCUUCCAAAUCUAAACCUAAGAAGAAGAAACAUGAAAUUAGCAAGAGGACUAAGCUCACUAAUGCUCAUCUCCCGGAGUUGUUUCAAAACCUCUCAUCACAGUGACUUUAUCUGUUAGUUGCUGAUACUUUCACCAGUUGGAUGAUCAAGUUUGUAGCAUAGUUACUCCUUUCUUAUGGAAGAUACUUGCAUUUACAUGGGAUGCUGCACUUAAAUGUGGAUAAAAUGUAAUUAUCGAAUUCUGUGUUUUCGAGACUAUUUAGAGUAUUGACCCAGUUUCCAUACUUAAUUCUUUCUUGGGUCUAUUGAUUGCUUUGUUGUUGUACUGUAAAUGGGUAUUCACUCUACUUGGCAAAUAAUGCCUGCUUUAUAAUCAGUGAUUUAUUUUGGUAAA